AAAGCGGAGCUUCCUGCAUAACCGGCUGAGCUGCACUUGUUAGCAUGCCCCUCAGUGGACACUUGCGCCGACUUGUGAUCACUUUGGCCGGUCUGUGCGCGGAAUUCCCUCUCCAUUAGGACUGUGGGAGCGAUGCGACGCCUUGGAGGAGCAGGAAAAGGAGAAGAACUGGCCAAACAGCAGCAGCCACCUGAGAGGAAGAUCUGAGUUUGUCUUUCUGCCGUCAAAGAAAGGUUUCUAUUGGUCAUCACGAUGACUGAUGGGGAUUAUGACUACCUGAUAAAACUCCUUGCCCUGGGAGACUCCGGUGUCGGGAAGACAACGUUCCUGUACCGAUACACAGAUAAUAAGUUCAACCCCAAGUUCAUCACCACAGUCGGCAUCGACUUCAGGGAAAAGAGAGUGGUGUACACUGCAUCCAACCCUAAUGGGAUGACAGCAGGAAAAAGCUUCAACGUCCAUCUCCAGCUUUGGGACACAGCUGGGCAGGAAAGGUUCCGCAGCCUGACAACGGCGUUCUUCAGGGACGCCAUGGGCUUCCUGCUGAUGUUCGAUCUCACCAGCCAGCAGAGUUUCCUCAAUGUCAGAAACUGGAUGAGUCAACUACAGGCCAACGCCUACUGUGAGAACCCAGAUAUAGUGUUGGUUGGAAACAAAGCAGACCUGGCAGACCAGCGCGAGGUUCAGGAAAAACAAGCAAAGGAGUUGGCAGACAAAUACGGGAUCCCAUAUUUCGAGACGAGUGCAGCAACCGGGGUGGAAGUGGACAAGUCGGUGAUCACGCUGUUGGACCUGGUGAUGAAGAGGAUGGAGCAGUGUGUGGACAAACCACCUGCCGAGCCUUCUAACGGCACGGGCACCACAAAGCUGUCCACCGCACCGCCCGACGAGAAGAAAUGUGCAUGCUAGAUGAAGAGUUGAUUCAGGAAAUGACCUUUGACUUGAUCUGUCUCUCCUCACCUUUGCUUGCAUGCGUCUUCUUGUCCACCGUUUGUUGCCAAAACUGUCCAUGAUCAACGAUUACUUUCUUUUCCACUCCUUUCUUCCUUUGCCACGCUGACAUUAAAACAAAGCUAGUGCCCCCUCUAAUGGUGGUUAAAGCUACUGCAGUCAGUUGGCCUGUGUCACUUGAGGGGGAGGAAAAGACAUUUUACUGUGCCUAAUUGAACCUGCAGUCUGCUAUUCAGCCCUGCAUGGUCCCAGUCUCUGCUCGCUGGUGGAUUAAAUGGUCUGAUCACUUUCUGAUCGUAUGGCAGUCGUAGUAAUACUGGGACUUGUUUAAGAGCUAAGAAAUGUUCUAAAUACCAAUCCAGAUUUCUGCUUGACUUCCAAACACAUUGCUUCCUGUUAUGGCUGACACCGCAACCAGUUUAAACGGAAUUAACUGGCCCUCACGAUCAUAUCGAGCAGCCCCGUCUGUGCCAAUGUGUGGUUAUUCAAGGUUUUUCCCCAUUGCACAAUGGUUUCUAUGCUGGGCCUUUAUUACCCACUCAAGCCAGGGUUUGGUUUGGUUCCACAUUUUGCCUGAAUUUCUAGCAACGGUUGUGGCCGCAGCGUGUAUCGUUCAUCGUGAAAGCCACCACUAGCUUGCAUCAUUCUGAUAUAUACAGUGGAUUCAGCAUUUUUUUUCUGUUUUUUCCACAGAAAACACAUCUCGUUCACCAUAGGUUGGUAAUAAUUUAUAAAUAUGUGAUGAUACAGCCAGUCCGGGGUGUUCCCUGCCUCUCUCCCGAAGUCUGCUGGGAUAGGCUCCAGCAUACCUGCGACCCUAGUGAGGGUAAGCGGCAAAGAAGAUGGAUGGAGGGUGAUGAUCCAGGUAACAUGUACAGAAUACAUGUACCACUGUUAAAAAAAACACCCACCAUUUGUUACAUGUUUGUCUUUAUGCUUCUCUGAUAAUGUUUUUUCAUCAAGCGUUGAGAUUUCGCACUUUGUUCGGCGGUCAUGGAAUGCACCAUAGUUGUGUACUGUGACUGUCUACACCGCGACUCCGAUUCCAUCUGUUAAUCGAUUAUUUUACAUUACCAUUCAUUAGUGGUGAGUACCUAUACAUUUUAUACUUUAAAUGUGUUUCAUAAGUGUGUGAGGCAUAUUGAAGAGAGAAGGGGGGGUCCAAUAAUUACAAGAGUCACUCUUAUUGCAAAUGUUAAUCCAAAAUCAGAGGAGAACAUCAGCUGGAGGGUUUUUAGGGUGAGCGAGCCAUGUGACAAAAAUAGACAUUUUUAUGGUUGUCUCAGUUACUUGUGUUUUUUUGCCAUUCGCUGGUGGUCCUGGAACACAACCCAAGCGAAAAACGUGAUUAUUUAAAAUAAAUAAACUGCAAGAAUGAUUAUAAUAAAACUGCAUUAAGUAUUGGUGAGGAGCCAUCCAUUCAUUUUCUAUACUCUUUGUCCUCAUUAGAGCUGGAGCCUAUCCCGGCUGACUUUGGGAAAGAGACAUGGUACACCCUCAUCUGGUCCCCAUUCAAUCACAGAGCACAUACAGUAUAUACAAACGAGAUGUUUUGGGGAUGUGGGAGGAAGCUGGAGUACCCGGAGAAAACACACACAAGGACAGGGAGAUUAUACAAAGCAACACAGACAUGUUCCAACUGAGAUUCAAACCCGGAUCUCCUGUCUGUGAGGCAGACAUGCUAACCACUAGGUCACCGUGCGGCACUGAUGGCAUCAAUGGAACCGUUCACCUUUUUGUUUGUCAAGAAGUUGUCUGCGAACCUCUGUGGGUUUCUACCUAAGACCAGAUACUGACUUUCUAAGUGGUUUUCAAUACAGUCAAACCUCGGUUGUCACGCGCCCGAGCAUCAUUGCAUUUUUGUGCCCUGUACUGUAUUGUUCCGCGAAAUCAAAUGCCCAAACAAAGCACAUUAGACGCUAGUGACUUACUGACCGUGCUUUUUUUGGUCUUUAUUGAGUAUGACUGCAAAAUAACCCACCAUCGGGCCAAAAAAGUUGGGAGUGCCAGCAAUUUGAUAAAGAAGGUGACAAACACUAUUGAAUUUGAGCUCUCCGGGACAAUAUGUUUCAUCUAUUUGUCAUUUAUAAUUAUUUUGUAUUGUUUUCUGCAUGUAAAAAAUUCUUUAAAAUGUAUAUUUUGGGUUUUCGCGGGACCUUUUUGGAACAAAUUAACAAGGUAACCAAGGUAAAUAUUCAUGAUCCCUGUUAUAUGAUGCAGAACUUUGUUACAUUUUACAACAACGCCGUGUACCUUUAGAAACUUAAUUAUAUCAAUUUAUUACAAAUGUUAUGACAAAUCAAAUGCAUGGGCUUGUCCACAUCGAUAUCGGCCUCCGGGUGGAGCAUUGCUCAAAGUCAGCUGGGAUAGGCUCCGGUUCCCUCGUGAUCCUGAACAGGAUGAGCUUGUGCAAACGUAUUUUUGCUGAAAGAAAUGCAAAAAAAGUGAAGCAUGAUACAGUAAUAUGCUUACACCGCCUGCAUUUUAGUGGGAAUUAAAGCCAAAUGUGUUAGGCAUUGUUGUUGUUUUGCGUACAUUAGCGUUGAUACUGUCACACCCAUAUGCCUGCAGCAUGGAACAUGUGCAAUGGAGGAAAAAUAUAUUCAUAUCCAUGAUAGCCAUGCUUGUUUAAUAUAUCGAUGAUAAUAAUGUGGAAGUCAACAUUUUACACGUAAUAAAAUAUUUUUCAAGAGGAGCUAUUUAAAUUCAUAUUUGACAUUCUGCACAGUAGGGGUGGCCAUACUGCAAAUGUUGGUAUCGAUCCGAUACCAAGUCAAUACAGGGCCAGUAUUGCAGAUACUGAAACUAAUACUUGAAGUUUUUACAACCUCGCUGAAUGAUUUUUCCGUUAUAUUGUGGAUUCUGAUUAUAAUCACAAUAAAAGACAGUACAAAGACUUUAGGCAACAAAAAACCUUACGUGUGAACAGAACAAUACAUAAACGCAGCCAUUAUGGCCUCUUAUUCCAGAUCAUUUUUAAAAAUUAGUUUCCACAGUGAGUCGAUCACACGAAUGGUUUUGACUUACUUUUUACGCAGGAUGCAACCAUGAGUGGCACUCAAACCCUCGCCCUCAGCCAUGAAGUGCAGACGUGUGCCACACCUACCCCUACCACACCAUUGUUGCAUGUGGAUGUUAACUAACAUAAGUGAACGAAAGCAAAAACUACUACAGGCUCUUUCAAAUCGUUUUUGCCGGCAAAGCCCUCCUGUGUCCAAGGAAAGUGACCAACUGAACAGAGACGAGUACCUUCCUUCAUUCACUUCAUUGCUGGGUUGCAACCAUGUGACAUAGAGACGGUCCGGUCCGCGUCACGUCCAGUGAUGGGGGAGGAUUUGGCAGAUCAAUGCGACUAACAGUGGAUGCCUUUGACAUAAUUUGCUCCAAUUGUGUGUGCGUGUGCGCAUAUUUUGUUUCAUAAAGACAUGAAAUAGUUGAAAACAAGGUGAUCAGUCAGUGAUGAACACGUGUUAGACACGUCCAUCCAUUCAUUUUCUCUUCCGCUUAUCCGGGGUCGGGUCACGGGGGCAGCAGACUAAGCAGGGAAUCCCAGACUUCUACUACACAGUUCCUCCCGGCAGGCUUUCCCCUCUCUUUUAAAUGUUACUGUUCCAUCUUAUUGUCUUGCAACAGAGCAGCCUUUGUAAUCUUGGUGAUUUAUUUAUGCUGUUUAUUGAAUAAUGAUGCACUUCUACACUUGGAUUUAACAUUUAGAUGAGGCGAUAUGACGAAAUGAUGAAUCUGUAGUUUUCUGUUGUGGGACAAUUCUUUCUGCAUUUCAGAUUUUCACAACAAUUUCUUCUAACAAUAUUUUAACUUUGGUCUUAGUAUCAAUUUUGCUUGUCAGUUAAACUCGUGUUUAGACUCUGCUCCACUUGACGGGAGAGCAGGGGCGUAUUUAGUCUUCGUAUUUAGUUUUUUUUUUUUUUUUUUUACAUUUUUACAAAAUAUGUUUAUGGAAUUUAGACCACUUUCUUUCCUGCUUUUGAGCUGUGUUACAGUUAUCUCCCAGCUGAAGUUGCUAGUUACAUAGCUCGCCCUCCACUCCCCCCCAAAACAACAUGAACUAUUCAUGUUUACCAUCUUCUAACAAGUGUGAAUGAGAAAAUUCCCCUAUUUACUGAACUAGAUAAAGCCCUUGAAAUCCUCCUGGGGGGUUAUUAUUACCCAAGUCAAUCAUCUCAACGCUUUUACUGUAAUUGAUAAGAACAUUGAGCAACAUUUACUAUAGUUUCCCAUUUUAAUACCCACGUCAUUGUGGUGAAAAGCGCCACUCGGCUUCAUUUCUAUGGUUCUCGGUUGACACUAUCAGUAGCGGUGCUGCUGUACUCGGACCUUGUGACUGUGGAAAAGGCUGACACCUUCGAUAGUUUUGAUAAAACAUUUAAAAAAAAAAACAAACUGUUUUCCACUCGCCUGGCUGUGCCUCCUCUUCGAUACACUGGGGUAACUCCACACCAACAAGUUUGCUUGCCUCGCUCGGGUCUUCCAGACAUGCGCGGUAACAUGGAAUAGUCCAUUGCAUGAGAAGGGAGGGGCAGCGGUCAAAACACUUAUGAAAGACUACACAUUUUGAUGUAGUUUUCAGUUCGCGAAUUAAGACUAAAACAGUAGCAUGUAAUAUAAAAUGGACAAAAAAAACGUUUUUAUGAGACGUUUGGGGCCCCCCGGCAAUUGCCUGUGUUUGCAUAAUGGUAGGUCCGCCCCUUUGAGAGAGAGAGGCUCAGCAGCCACCUUUCUCUGCGUUUUGGUUGUUUCUUGAGCGUUUUUUCCCCUUCCGAUGGCCUAUCAUAGUGAUAACUUUGCAAAAACAGUGCAUGUUUACUGAAGUUUCGCUUUUAACUCCACAGACAACCGGAUGUGACGUCGCGUGCAACCCAGCAAUUAACAAUCUUACACAAAAACAGUAUUUUUUGGGUUUUUUUUUUUGCAUUUUCAAAACUGGUAAAAGUGUUGCAUGUGGCAAGGAAGAUGUCAAAUUAUCGGUAUCUUUUCUUUUCACCUAUAUGUCACUAGUCCGGUCAGCCCCCCCCAAAUGACACACACUACUCACAUAAAGUUCAGGAUGUUUGGCUUUGGGGUGAAAUUUCAGGAUGAAACUUUAAAAAAAAAAAAAAGCACUGUAACUUUCACAGGUGAACUUAAUUUGACCUCCUGUAAACCUUUGAAUGCACAAUCCAGCUGCUCAACGUUUCAGUUCUUUUUGCAAAUCACAAAAGUGAAAUUGUUCAUACUAAGUUUCACCCCAAAGCCGAACAUCCUGAACUUUUUGUGAGUGGUGUAUUAAACAUAAGUUGAAGACUUUCUUGUUCUUCACUUAGUUUGCUUCCUUCCAAAACAGCACUUUGUGCUAUUAUUGUUUUAUUUGCGUCUACUUACACUCAUUGCUUGCUUAUAAAGACUUAAACGUAUCUGACAACGACAGUACUUACCUGCUUUUGUGCAAGUCAACAAUUUUUUUUGAAAUUGCGUGACACCUCCAACUGCCUUACAAGAUGAAAAGUAGUUUCCAAGUGUUGAUUUGCACAAGAAAUAAGAAAGACCUUCUUGCUAUCUUUGUAUUUCUUUUCUUCCCCAAAGAUGCUUGUAGGGCUAAAGUGGGUCAGCAGUUUAUCAUAAAUUCUAACAUUUCUGUGGCCCUUUUAGUAAGAAUACAGAAAAAAACAAGUUCUAUAUAUGAGAGUAUAUGAUAUGUUUAUUUCAGUCAUUUCAAAGUUUUGUAUCGUGCACCAUGGAUCUGUUUCAAAAGGUUUCUGUGCUUUGUCACCUUUAAUAUGCCAAUGUGCCAAAUCCAAAAAUAAAAAAAGAACUACAAAAAAGCAUUUUAUUUCAACUACCCUAAAUAAAAAUAUCACGUUAUGUGUGUGUGUGCCAACAUGGGAUGUCAAUGCUGUAUAAAAUAUACACAUGAACUUUUUUGCAUUUUUGCAACGAUACAGGGGUCGGCAACCCGCGGCUCCGGAGCCACAUGCGGCUCUUCAGUCUCCUUGAUGCGGCUCCCUUCGGUGAUUUUUUUUCAACAUCGAAGUAAGGGAAAUUUGCGUUUUCGAAAAGAGUGUGAAAUAUCCGACGCACCGCAAGUCCGUGGACGCAUCUAGACUGCAUUCUGACUGCUGAUUGGAUGAGUAAAAGAGGGGAACCUAGGCUAGUGUAUGCAUUGAGUCUCACUGUGGGAGAGAAAAAAGUUGAGUCUGAAGCAAGUUACGUAAAUUACGUAAAUUAAAUCAAUUUAACAAGAGCACAGAAAUCUGUUUUAUAACUACGUGUUCGGAGCCCGUGACACGCUAAUCACCGAGGUGGUGACUUCCAGGAGAGGCAGAUAGUGUGCUGCUGCAGCUGGCUGUGCACUCACCGCUCAGAACAAUAUGUGCUUUCGCUUUCACGUCUCUAAAUACCAGAAAAAUCUCCCAGCGACGUCAGGAGAAGUCUUUGCAUUUGUCGCUAGUCGCGUUUGAGAUAUUAAGUCACCCAGAGGGUUUGGAAAGUCGCCAGAUUUAGCGAGAAAAUCGCCACUGGGUUGCUCAUGAGAUGGGAAGCCAUUCACAAAUGGAGAAUACAUGAAAGAAUAGUUCAUAAAAAUAUCAGCGCAUCUCUUCUCUGAAUUAAAACUAAUAAACAGCAUAUUAUUGAGAAAAUGAAAGAAUGCGUCUCUUUGCAAAGACAGUCAAGGACAGGACCAAUAGAAUGGUUACUGAUGACAAUUUAGCGCAGGUAUGCGGAUAUGGGACUUUUUUUGUCUUAAAGUUGGCUACAUUUUGUUUGAAUUUUACACAAAUAUGGGAACCACACAGUAAGACUUAGAGUAAAGUGUUUAAAUGGUUUCAGAGUAGGCGUACAAAUGUAGGUGCACUUGUGUUUGAUUAAUUUUGUAACAAGUUUAUAAAUUGUGUAAUGUUUUGUGGCUCCCGACAUUUUUUUUUUUUUUUUUACUGAAAGGGGAGGCAAAAUGUCUCUUUUGAUGGUAAAGGUUGGCGGCCCCUGGACUAGGACGUCAUCUACACCUCCUGCAACUCACAACCACAAAUAGAUUGCAGUCCUGUGGGAGACACUGACUAUUAACAUAACAGUGUCGAAAUACUCAAGUGCAGUGCUAAAAUCUAAUAUGUUACUGUAUGUCUGUAAGUAAUGUGUAAUGCAUGUGAUAGAAACUGCAGCGCCAGUAAAGCAAGCACAGACACUGGUUUACUGUGGAGAAGAAUUUAUUUAGGGAACUUCUCACCAAAGAGAGAAUGUGGAAAAACAAUAAAUAUCCAGCAGAACCAGCAUACAUGUGUGUUAUUGCAAAAAAAAAAAAAAGGAAUACUAGUACCAUUUAAUGUGUAAAUGUAAAUAGCUUGUGUGAUGCAGAAAAACCAGCAAUAAAAUAUGAUAGCGAUGUCAUGAACCAAAAUGAAUGUAUUCCUAACAGCAUGAACAGUAAAAUACACCAGCAAAUGUAAACAAAAUAGAUAAUCCAGAUUAGAUCUGAAUAUUAGGUUUAUAAUAUAUUGCAUAUAUGUAAAAAUAAAGGUGGACUUGGUCGGCUCAAAGAACACAAAACUCAAUGGCCUGAAACUAAAUAUUGACUUUAACAAUCCAAAUGUACUCAUUUAAGUACUUUUUUUAAAAUCCUGCGAUGAAACCUUUCUUUUACAGUCUGGAUGUUAAAGCACAUGUUGAUGAGUUUUGUUUUGUUUUUCUUGAUACGAGGCACAAUAAGUAAGUUCCGUGCAGCAGUUACACCCCAUAAAAUACUUGAGUCAGCACUUUAGAAGUAUAUGUACAUAUAUGUUUCAUUCUCUAAAAUCACAUGUACCCCCUCAAGUGAUUAGAAAAGACAGAAAAUCCAGAAAAACACCAAUGACAUACACAACAUAAACACAAAAUACAUUCACUAUAAAUUAUUGUGUGAUUUUUUUUUCCCUCUCUUCGCUUUUAUGCCGUUUUCUGUCACAACCCUGCAAGAUGUGAGCAACCAGUAUGACCAAUGUGGAUUGUCACCAAGCUUCCGUGGGAAAAUCUAUCUAGAAUGGAUUUCGUGGACUAAAUGAUUGCAUCGAGUACAUCAAAUAACAAAUUCAAGUUUUAAUCACAGGUCCUAAUGUGUUUUUUUUUUAAAUUAUGAAACACAUUUUCAAAAAUAGAAUAGCACUUUUUUUUUUUUUUAGAGAAUAGGUGAUCAUGAAGCAUUUUUGAACCUGUUGUGUGUGUAUUUUUAUUGGAAUUCUUCUGUUUUCAUACAAUAUUGUAUACUUUUAUCUAACAGAGCUGCUGUGGUAAUGAUAGUUAGAUAGAUAGAUCGAAUCUUUCUUCCGGUAGCUUUCAACCUAAUAAAUAAAUGGGUACAUUGUUUUGGUUGCUGUGGUAGAAAGUUAGUACUGACAUGCUUUUAUUUUGAAGCUCAUUUUGCACUGAACAUGAUAUACUAUACUUCAACAUUUGCAUUUGGAAAGGGAAAUGUGAAAAUAUUUCCCAUAUAUUCCCUUAUUUUCCGGAUAAUUACCCUUUUUUUCAAAUACAAAUAUUGACAGGUAUAUCCAGUUCAGUGUAAAAUAAGCUUCAAAAUAAAAGCAUGCCAGUUAAAAGCCCUAAAGCCUAUGGCCUAAAGCCUCCCAACCUGCAUCGGGCGAUAGAAGCCAUGUACAGGGACACAAGAGCCAAUGUGAUAACGCGGGAUGGGUAAGCCGUUACUGGGCGGGAGCAGGAGCUUGGCUUCACCACUACACCUAGGAGGUCAAGAAGAAUCCCUGCUGUAGUCCUUGCAGACCUGGACUACGCAGAUGACAUCUGCCUGAUGUUUGAUGGUGUGGAGCAGGCACGGGAGCUCCUGAGCGGAGUGAAGGAAGAGUGGAACUCCCGAGAUGUAUGGAGGAUCGACGUGAUUGCACUUCCUGUGUGUGAGCCCAUCUGAGGGCGACCUCGAGAGUUGUUCUUGGAGCUUGCUGUGGUUCAAACACGGAUGCCGUCACCUUUGUUUGUUUUUUUGAGGAAAGUUCAAAUAUUGUGAGAGAAGGUCGAAAUACGGGUUGAAAGGUAUGCAACAGGAAGUCACUGUGUGCAUGUUUCCAUGUUCAACUGGACAGUAGUUAUGUCGCUGCUGGUGAUAACGAUGAAGUUACCAACUGAGCUCUUUAUCAUGGGAAUGACCCCUUUGGGUCUCAAACUAUAUGCCAACAAAAGUGGUGGACUAUGUAUGUCUAUGUCGACCUAAGCAGGUAGAAGAACACGGUGGGCCGGGACUUGAUGAGUUGUCGGGUUGUCGACUUAAGCGGGUUCCACUGUAUUAUUGACAGAUAUCCAAAGUCAGGUAUUGGAAUUGGAUCAGAAGUGAAAACGUGUAUCGGUGCAUCCCUAAUUGGAUGACAUAAGUGGCUGUAAUGUUUUUGGCGUGUGGGUACAUUGUGUACAUACACACCUUUUAGAGAUGUACAUGUAAAAGAACAAAGGAGGCAUCAUUCUGGUCAGCAUGUAACAUUUUGUGCAGCGGAUUGUUUGCUAUUCCAAUGUGCACUUAAACCGUAAAGAAUUUCAUGUCGCUGUACGGCUAAUUAGUGAAUGAAUGCACACGUGCUCUGUGACGUGGCAGUGGUACGUUACGAAUGUCUGCAUGAUUUCUACGAGAAGCGGGGCCCCCAUGAAAGCAGCGUGCAAUAUUUAAUACUAUGUUCUGAUGCAGGUGUGUGUUGAAGGCGCUGACAGUGCACGCCCGCCGGGAUCCUCCUCACUCUGGUCUAACACGCGGACGUCGGGCUGUGUUAAACCUCGGUGACCUUACUGAUCUGUUCCGGCACUUUCUCUUCUUUCUUCUCUUGCUGUUUCGGCUCUACUUCAUCGUCAUCGUCAACGCUGAGGUCCAGCCGCAGGUUAUCUAGAGUCUGACGAAUGGUCAGAGUAUCCUUUCGACUGAAGAGAGAGAGAGCGAGAAUAAUUACUAAUAUUUGUUUGUUUCUGCGGGUGCAGAAGGUGAAUGCACACCGGCAUUGCCGCAACCGGUGGUAUGGGUUCCUACAACAAAUCGUACGGCCAAAAAAAAAUCGUAUCUCCGGUUGUGACCUCAGCUUUAGAGUCACAAGAAACACCGUCUAAACAAUGACUUUGGACAUGAAACCUUCAGCUGCUACGUGACGUAAGGUAAGUAUGUUUUUGGUCUUACUUUAUCUGCAGGUGUUGGUCGAGCAGUUGCCUCUGAAGUCGUCCGUUGGACUCCCUCUCCUCGGCCAGCUCCCGUUGGCUGUGACGCAACUGAGCGUCUCUCCGGCUCGCCUCUUCCUCUGCCUCGUUUAGCUGGCGCUUGAGAGAGCGGAUUCUCUGCGUCAUCUGUAUGACCGAUCAGAGAGACAUUAGGGAUGCGGGAGGGUGAAGUAGGCAUUAAAACUAAGCGGGGUUUCCCACAGGACUGUAAUCUAUUUGUGGUGGGGGUUUCGGCGAUUUCUUGUUUAAUUUGCAUAAUUUGGCCAUGAUGCACACUGUUGCCAAACCCUCAGUAAGAAAUGUAGCUAUUGGCUGUCCUAGAAGUCGCUAGAUGAUGUCAUUGGCUAAUUUGCAUAUUAUUUGCAUACGAUGUUUCAAACAGCAAACUUAAUUCUUAGUUUGUUCAUUUAAUUCAUUGUAUUCAUAAAAAUAAAAUAAUUGUAAUAUUUUAUCCCGGCCAGUGCCUCUCAAUAUCCAGACAGCGUAAUAAUUACAUCAGGACUCGCCUCCAGCCUCCACCUUUUAUCUUGCAGUUAGGAACACUUCUUUCAUUUAUCGUUGUGUGAUUCUCCCAUCACACGUUGUGACACACUGACAGAGUCCGAAUGAAGCUUGAGUGUAAUGAGUAGUAAUUUAAUGAAGAUUAAGAAACAUUUACGUUUUAGAUCCCGCUCUGUAAAACAGGGUGAGAUGCAUCCUGACGGCAUCGUGCCUCGCGCAUGCGUCAUUCAUGGAUGCGUGGAGCUCCACUAUGCUCUAAGUGUGGAGCUGACAGUGCACAGACGGCUUGUGACUGCUUCGGGACGUCUCAGCAGAAACCGCAGAACAAUACGUGCUUUCACUUUUAAGUCCCCAAAUACCAGAAAACUCUCCAACGACGCAAGAAAAAUUUGCUAGAUUUGUCUUUUGAGAAAAUACGUCGCCAAGUUUGGAAUCAUGAAAAGCAAAACAGAUACUGUAUGUUUACAAAUGAAAAUGAACUUCUUUUUGUGUUUUUUGGAUUUCACAAGCAAGACGGAGCCUUGUGAGUGCUUUUAGAUGCGUCCAAUAAGAUCAAAAUUGUUCGCUAGAUUUGUCACUAGUCACUUUUUUGAAAAACCACAUCUAAAGGUGUCUGUAUACUCACUAAAGUUGCCAACUGAUCCCUCAUGCUACGUCUUCUUAUUGGCAGACCGGGUGCGAGAUACGAUGCCAUCUACUGUGCAGCGUUGGAACGACAGGCUACUCUCACAGACAGUCCCAUAAAUAACAUGUUUAUGAACGCUAACAGGUAACACUAAAUCUAUUUGUGGUGGUCCACAUUUAUUGGUGGCGGUAAAAGAAACAUCUGUUAACAGAUAAGAGUGCCACAAACACACGUAAUGACACUCAAUGCAAUAUAACACUGUCAGGUUAAUUGACCUUUAUAAUUGUGGUUUUAGUUUGCAUUGUUGAACUGUAUUGCAUGUUUCUAAUAUUUUGGUUACCUUACUGGAAACAUGUAUUGAUUAGUUAUGUAGUGUAGUGUUACCAGGUCUUUUUGCUCAGCAGCUAUCCUGUGCUCCUCCUCCAUCUGAUCUCCAAGCUCAUUGAUCCUCCUCUCCAGUUUACCAAUGGUGUUGUUAAGGACAGCUUUACUCCUGCGUAAAGCACACAGGGGUUACUUUACAGGCAGCUACUGUAUGUUGCUUGUUUGGAUGCCUCGAUGCUAACAUAAAAAGGUCCAGACUUAUACAUAUAAGUCUAUAAAUAAAAAAAAAUGUGUUUGCUGCUUGUACCAUUUUCAGGCAAAAAGCCUGAAGCCGCCAAUUGCCCCUUCUCUCUCAAUCCAGGUUUCAGCCCUGCCUCACACACUUAAAACACAUGUAAAGUCUCACUUACGCAGAUACACGGCAGUUUGUCUUUUAUUAUUAAGCUGUUAUAUAGAAUAUAUGCUAUAUAGAAGUUUCUAUGAUGCAUUUAACAAAGUGUGAGAUCAUAAAGCUUUAUGAAAAAAUAUUAUUCGUGAGCCGUAAAGACAAAAACUGUGGGAUUUCUAACAGUGGUGCAUGUGUGCUGUAUAUUUGACAUGUAUUAUCAUGUAUUUAUACAUUAUUACCAACUUACGGUGAAUGAGAUGUGUUUUCUGCAGAAAAAAAAUGAAAAUGUGGGAAUAUGUGGGGAUCCAUUCAUGACGCUGUUAUUUAAUGGUGCUCUGGGAUGGUUUUAAAACAAGUUGAUUGUGUGAAAUAGUGUGUAUGUCCAUGUCUUGGAAGAAAUGUUUAGCUGGUUAUAUGCCAGUUGCAUAUACAUAUAUGUAAAAUGUUAUACAGUAUACUAUAAGUACCUCUCCUCAGUUCUGAGAGCAUUCUCCAGCUCUUUGACUCGGGUCUCCGUCUUGGAGAUGAUAUCAUCUGAAGGUUUGGCGCUCUGAAAGUCGUCCAACUCCACACGCAGCUCACGAUACUUCACAGAGACACAAAAAUUUUUGCAGGUGAUUCAUUCAUUGCAUUCAUUGAUGAUUGUCAAACGACUAUACUUCUUCUACACAUCUAUUCAUAUUUUACAGCAAACCGAUGGCUAAACACUAAAACACAAUUGUCUGUAUGUCAAGAUAUACUCAUUUACAAUUACUGCAUAAUGUGCAUCAUUUUGAAAAAGUCAAUGUAUCAUAUACGAUAUGAAAAAACGGAAUGAAACUUUUCCAGAGUUUUGCUACCCUCACUUCAGGCCGGCCACGUGAUAUCCCGUACAUACUGUAUAUCAGAAACACUGUAUACAAGAAUACAAGGACGUGCAAACCACACAGGACACGCACCUGACGCUCCAUGAUGGCCUUCUCAGUUUCCAGCUGGUCGUUCAGAUCUUUUUCCUGAAUCAGCUUCAGCUGCAGCUGCUCAGUCUGACAGAAAACAUAAACGUGUCAACAGCAUUGAAAUAAUCUGAUCAAAUUAAAACUAAACACUAAUUCACACAUACUCUACCUGUUCAAUAGCUCUCUUGUGCUUGGCGGCCCAUCGCUGCUCGCUGUCAUGCAGCUCCUCCACAUCACUCUCGAGGUCAAUCAUUUUCUCCUAAAAGUCACAUAAAGUGGGGAAAUAAUUAUUAGAGUAUGUAUGUUUAUUACGAAGCUAUUAACAGUCCAUUUUUUAUAG